AUGACAGUAACAGAAGAAUUCGAAAUUGAGAAAAAGAGGACUGAAGACUUAAAGCAAAAGAGGAAAAACAGUAACAUGCCUGAGAAUUGGUGGGAAGAACCUAUAGAAGAUUUGAACUUAAGCCAGCUCACUGAAUUCAAAUGUGGUUUGGAAAAGUUGAGAAAAACAGUGACUACUGAAGCCUCCAAGAAUUUUCAAGCAAUUGUUCCGCGUCAUAACUUCUAUGGUGGAAGUUCAAAUAAUUCUACUUUUGGGAUUUGUGAUGAUCAUGCAGGUAAUAUCGACACCGAUUUAGAUCUGUAUAAUCAUCAAAGAAUGGUGGCAACGAACACAUUCGCUUGCAAUCUCAACAACAUGAUGGUUCCUUAUCAUAUUACAACACCAUUUGGGAAUAUUGGUAAUAGUAAUAUUAUUGAAGGGUUCACUCCAGAAUACAAUCAAAACCCAAACAAAUUAUGUUUUAAGCAAGAACACAUGUCUGAGUGUGACCACCAUUCAGCUCAUCCUCCUCGUUUCGGACAUGGUUACUAUUAAUUUU